AUGCGCGGCGUUCCCUUGUCCGAGUCGCAGAUCGAGAAUCUGAAGAUCCAGGAGCAAGUUUUGAUGAAGCGCCAGAGAGAGGAGCAGCUGGCGAGAAAGCGGGAACGCGAGAUGCUUCAAAGUGUCGCUGCGGGCGAGGCCAACCGCGUGAUCCAGCAAGUUGAAGCUUCGAGCGCUGCGUCGACUUUGGAGAUUUGCAACAACGGCGACAAGAACCGGGAUGUCCUCUUGGACGCCAUGUCCGUGGGCUUCGCAAGACUUGAGGCCUUGUGCGCGUCUCGAGCUCGGACACCACGACAGUCAGGUGGCACGGGCGCGACUCCUGAGCAGCAGCGCGAGCGCGAGGAGAGUAAGAGCGAGAAGAAUCGCGAGAUGGAGGAGAAGAAGCGCGAGAAGGAGGAGCGCAAGAUGAUGAAGAAGAACGAUACGAUGGCGGAGGAGAGAAAGAAUCGCAAGGCGCAGAAGAAAGAGAAGCGCAAUCAAGAGCGCGAUGAAGAGCGCGAGGCUAAGGCGGUUAAGCGACACUACGCGGUCACUACGCGGUCACUACGCAGUCACGACGCGGUCACAACACGGUCACAACACACGGUCACAACACGGUCACAACGCGGUCACAACGCAGUCAUAACGCGGUCACAACACACGGUCACAACACGGUCACAACACGGUCACAACACGGUCACUACGCGGUCACUACGCGGUCACUACGCGGUCACUACGCGGUCACUACGCGGUCACGAUGCGGUCACUACGUGGUCACUACGGUCACUACACAGUCACUACGGUCACUACACAGUCACUACGGUCACAACGCAGUCACAACGCGGUCACAACACGGUCACAACACGGUCACAACACGGUCACCACACGCGCGAUGGCCGCGUCGCUUCGCACACCUCGCACACCUCGCCACCACUAUCUAUGUUCGUCCAGGCACUGCUCAAGAGAAAUUACGAAGACCCUAGACAUGGCUUCGGCAGCAUCGCCGACACGCUAAAGCAGGCACGACGUCAAGAUCCGACAAUCACCAGGGCCGAUGUAUCUCGCUUCAUGGAGGGAGUCAAAGCUAGAGAGGACAGGCCUCAGCGAGGGUACAACAGCUUCGUUCCAACUGAACCCCUGCACCAACUUCAAGUGGAUCUGGCAGACAUGUCUGUUUUCUCCUCGACGCCCUACCGUUACAUGAUGGUGGCGGCCGACACCUUCACCAAAAAAGCCUCCGCAGUACCCCUAGCUUCCAAGACCGCUCCAGCUGCAGCGACAGCCUGGCGACAAAUAAUCCGAGACUUGGGAAUCCCUUCCUACGUCUACACAGACGAUGGUACAGAAUUCAAGGCUGAGUUCAAGCAGAAACUCGAUUAUUUUGACAUCGACAAGGUGGUAUCAAGAGGACACGCCUACUUUGUCGAGCGGGCAAUCAGGACUCUCAAGGAAGCACUCGUUCGCAGGAUCUCAGCAGGCCUGGCUGCCAGGAACAGGUGGUACCAGCUGCUUCCCGAUGUCCUGGCGCAGUACAACAACAGGGCACACGCCGGCACGGGAGUGACGCCGAACCAAGCUUACACAAAUCCCGCACAAGCAGAGCGUGCCAGGCAGACGAUGAUCGCCCAGGCCAAGCGAGGAGCACCACCUCGUCAGCAGCUGGCUGUGGGCGAUAGGGUUAGAGUUCGGGUAAAACCUCGGGAGGGUCGGGGAGCCUACAGGGUCACUGAAACAGCCUGGAGCGAACAAACCUACGUCAUCUCGCAAAUCGAAUACACUGACAUGGGACCUCUCUUCACGCUGCAGGGAUGGCCUGGAAGCAAGAUGGUGAGCCGCGACCUGCGCAAGGCGGUGGCAGAAGGGAGACCGGCAUUAGACUCCAGAGAAGCGCGGAACCUCCGAGCAGCUAGGGAAGUACGUCUUGCACCAGGUCCAGCACCACUUCCAUGA